CACCGAUCCAUACACACAUACAUACAUACAGGCAUACAGGCAGGCCGGACGGCACACUCACGGCACACCGCCGUCCACCCAUCCAUCCAUCCAUCCAUCUGUGUUGGGGGUGGAUGGAUGGAUGGAUGGAUGGUGGAUGACAGCCAAGCGGCAUGCGUGCAUCCACGUCCACACACACGCCACACACACGUGGUUCCCUCACACUCUUGCACAUGCAGGCAGGCAGGCAGGCAGGCAGGCAGACAGGCAGACAAACAAAUAAACAUGGACAGACGGGCUGCCAUCCGGGCCGAGAGAGAGAGAGGAGGGAGAAAUUGAAGACAGACAGGCGGCAGACCAUAUCAUAUGAAACGCAAACGAGAGGGCGGCAUUCAAAUCCCAUUAAAUACAUCCUGUCCCCUCACGAGCUUAAAGCCCACCCACCCACCCCAUUCCCCCUGUACCUAUCCACCUACUCGUAUCCUCUCUCCCCCUCUCGCCCUCUCCCCCUCUCCCCUCUUGUCUGUCUACACCUGAGACGCCACUGCGUAGGGGUUGGAGAGACGUCGGUGCUCCUCCUGCUGCUCCUGCUCCUGCCGCUUCUUGAGGCUCAUUGCGAUCAGCAUGCAGAAGACCAAGCAGAAGGAGAUGACUAUCCCGAUCCACCCCAAGAUGAGCACCGCCAAUGACAGGUUCACCAGGUGCUCUGAACGGACAAGAACGUGCAGAUGGCCGUGAGUAGGUUGGUGUUGUUGGGUGCAUGGCGUGUUGACUUACUCACCGUGGCACUCCCCCGUCUGUGAGUACCAGGCUGUGCCGAGGCAGAGCCACACCAACGAGAACCUGAAUUCCACACAAUGCAGAUUUCACAACCAGGAGAGAUGAGAUGCCCUCAUAUGCCAUGCCGCUUACAGCCCAGCGAUGCCACUGAUGGUGGUCAGGGCUGCAAAACGGAGAAAGAAACGGCGAUUUCCUCGAGGCGAUUUCCUUGGUCCUUUGUUCCCCUCACCUGCUUUGCAUUUCACGUCAUCGGUCCCAACGCAGAAGGUGGCGCCCGUGACGAUGGAAAACACGAUGUUCAGGGCCAGGAACCCCCAGAUGAAGAUGUCCAGGUUCGUAUCGCCUGCAGCCACACACACCCAACCCAGCCAUCCACCAGAUCUCCCCCCUCCCUCCCUGGCCUCGCCCUGGCCGGUUGCUCGCCGUCCUCGAAAUCGUCCCUUGUGGCUUACAUGCCGCCUCCCGCGUGAUGCCGAGUAUGAUGGAGCAGACGACCACCCACACCAGGGCGCUGAAGAGGUUGCAGCAGGUCUGACAAACGUUGGCCUCCUGCACCUGCACCUCGCUCCCCCGACGAACAGUGCUGUAGUACUCGGGCCUUCCCCCGCCGCCAAGUGGCACGUUGUACCCCACGGUGUAUUGGACGGGCUGAACGCUCAUUUUCCUCCUGCUUCUUUAGCAG